UUCCAAACGAUGAUCUGUUGAGUAGACGCGCGUUGCUAAGCCUAUCUGACACGCGUCAAAAUCUCCCCGUUAUUAUUUUAGUUUUUUUGAUUAUAUGGUUGCGCUAAACCCGCUCGCGGCAUCGGUUAAUUCCAGUGCAACUCAAGCGGAGCAUAUCCGGAUGACAGCUUUUUGAACUUCGAAGAACAAAAUUGCAGAAUCUUCUAACCCCUGGUUCCUAUCAACAACAUGUAACAGACUUUCCUCUGAUUGUGUCCAGUCAGCGAUGAAGUAGGAAGAACCUGAAGCAGCUCUGUGUCCAGACCUCGCCCCCAGCAUGGCCUCCUCUCCAGGGAGCAGUUCGGACUCGGCUCCCCAGAACCAGCUUCAGGAAGUGGACUCUGGAAAGGCUCCGGAUAGGGAGGGCUCCCCAGAGGUCCUGGCUGCCAUGUACAGCUCUCCGCCGGGCACAGACAGCCGUGCGAUCUGCAUCCCCUCGCCGUACACGGACAGCAGCCACGAGUACAGCCAGAACCAUGGAGCCAUGGCCUUCUACAGCCCUUCUGUGAUUGGCUACAGCAGGCCUUCCAUCUCCGACAGCCCCUCCCUGGGCCCGCCUCUCAGCCCAUCCCUCUUCUGGCCCAACCACAGCAUGCCCUCGUUGACCCUGCACUGCCCCCAGCCCCUGGCGUACAGCGAACCCAGCCCACACACACUCUGGGGGGACCGAAAGAACCACGGCCUCACCCCGGACAGCCCACUCCUGAACCCAGCUAAGCUGCAUGGGAACAGAUAUGAGGACGGACAGGAAGUGGUCAGCCUCACAGCGGUGGGCAAGGCCGACAUGCAUUUCUGCGCCGUGUGUCACGACUACGCAUCCGGCUACCACUACGGGGUGUGGUCCUGCGAGGGCUGCAAGGCCUUCUUCAAGAGGAGCAUCCAAGGGCACAAUGACUACAUCUGCCCAGCAACCAACCAGUGCACCAUCGACAAGAACCGGCGUAAAAGCUGCCAGGCGUGCCGCCUUAGGAAAUGCUACGAAGUAGGCAUGAGGAAGUGUGGCGUGAGGCGUGACCGCUGCAGCUAUCGAGGGGCAAGGCAUCGGCGUGUGCCCCAGCUAAGGGACUCCUCAGCUGGGCUGGUGGGUGUAGGGGCUGGGUCCCAGGCCCCCAGGCUCCUGAAGGGCCCCCUGUCCCAGACGGAGGACCAACACUCGGCCCUGAGUUCACAGCAGCUCAUCUCCUGCAUCAUCGAGGCGGAGCCCCCGGAGAUCUAUCUCAUGGAGGACAUGAAGAAGCCCUUCACAGAGGCCAGCAUGAUGAUGUCACUCACCAACCUGGCCGACAAGGAGCUGGUGCUCAUGAUCAGCUGGGCCAAGAAGAUCCCUGGCUUUGUGGAGCUGAGUCUGGCUGACCAGGUCCACCUGCUGGAGUGCUGCUGGCUGGAGGUUCUGAUGUUGGGCUUGAUGUGGAGAUCUGUGGAUCACCCUGGAAAACUCAUCUUCACACCUGACUUCAAACUCAACAGGGAAGAGGGAAGCUGUGUGGAGGGCAUCAUGGAGAUAUUUGACAUGUUGCUGGCAGCCACCUCAAGAUUCCGCGAGCUGAAACUUCAGAGAGAGGAGUAUGUCUGCUUGAAGGUCAUGAUCCUCCUUAACUCCAACAUGUGCACCAGCUCUCCGAAGACAGCAGAGGAGCAGGAGAGCAGAGGGAAGCUUCUUCGCCUGCUGGACUCGGUCACUGACGCCCUGGUGUGGACCAUCUCUAAGCUGGGCCUGUCCUUCCAGCAGCAGUCUGCUCGGCUGGCUCACCUCCUCAUGCUGCUGUCUCACAUCCGUCAUGUCAGUAACAAAGGCAUGGAACACCUCUCCAGUAUGAAGAAGAAGAACGUGGUCUUGCUGUACGACCUCCUGCUGGAGAUGCUGGACGCCAACACAGCACCGAGCAGCCACGUAGCCUCCGCCCACAACCCAAGCCCCUACCCCACUGAGGCUACCGCAGCCUCUGCCCCGACCUCAGCCCUGGCCAAGGACCCUGGUUACCACCCCUACCAUUCUUCAGUGGUGGACACCCCAGCCCUCCACAUCCAGUCCCCACGGCUGCCCCCCCACAGCACGGAGCUGGAGCACACAGCCAAGGCAGAGUGGGUUCUCACCAGCAUGUAACUGCGCCACGGUGAACGGGACGAGCUGUGAAAACACCUGAGUGAACCCGGAUAGCUCUCACGUCCACUGGGAGAGACACUGUUCCUGUAGAUAAGGCGCCACCUCCCAGGAUAUUGGCUUGACUCAGGUGGGAGAGGUGGACCUGAGUAGGGGUUGAGGGUGUCGCGGUGGGACAUGGGGAAGAGGACAUGAAAACGUUCUGAGUUUGGACACCGAGGGGCUGUAACUUAGACUCUACCAUAUCCAUGCACUGGUGGACUGAAGAAAAAAAAAAUCUAAACUUUUUUGGAUUAAUGGUUAAUAUUACAGUUGUAACCGUGAAUUGAAAUGUUUUUGAUUGAAUGUAUUGAUUAUUGGCGUGUUGUUUGUAAUUUUGUGGUUAAUGUAGGAUGUGACACAGUAGGUGCAUAUUUGAACCUUGACCAGAAAAAAAUAUUAAAAAAUAUAUUUGUAUCUCCUGAAUUGACGUGUGUAGGCUAUCUUGGUGAAUAAUUUGCACUGUCUUACGAGGAUGAAGGUGAACGAGGUCCACAUGUGAACAUUAACCACAAGGACAGACUGCUGUUACCAGACACACAACAUAGAUGAGCUGAGAUGUAUUUUUGUCGGACGGUCUUUGUUCUUUGUCCGCUCCAGGGCUGUUCACUCCCCUCGUUCCUAGAACCAGAGUUAACACGCGUUCAGAAAGUGGCCUUGGUGGUGUGGACUCAGAAGACGGACCCAACCAACAACUGUUUUAAAACACACACAUGAAUGAACCGGCAUGCACCAACUGUCCUUUUAAUGGCACUUGUGUGUCUGAUGUCUAAUGUCCUGUCAAAAGUUCUGUUACGUGUUACCCUACACCAACAAAAGUUUUUAUUUGUAUCACGUGAACAUCAAGCACAAAACAAAAUCAUGGCAAACAAUGUUUAUUGUCAAUAAAAAUUUGCAACUAUACAAUACGUCCCAUAAAUAACCGUUGAGAAAAUAAAUCAGACUGUACACAUCAGUGUAUGUUCCAUUGGCCAACUGGGCAGUGCAGGGGAUGUACUGAGGAGAUGUUUCACAGAGAGCUAGUGGUCAAAGUAAACACCACUUUUACUCUUUGAAGACAACCACAGCUUAGCGCUCAGAAAACCAAGUAUUAACGUGAGUAAAUAAAUCUGUGUGCAGAAGACCAGAGCAGUAAGCACAAAGUCCAAUCUACAUACAAACGCAUGCUUUAGGAUUGUGCAUGUACUGUGCAGCUGUACUGUGAUGUACUGCUACAUUCAUUUCUUACUGGCUGGCUUUAUAUUAUACAUUCAUUAUUCUGUAUGCUCUGGUAGAACAGCAAUUCGAUUUGCCUCAUUCCACUCACUGAAAGCAGAGCUUAAGAGAGCAAACGGCAUUAUUGUUAUUUUUAUCGGGGCUGCAGUGCUAAAAUGCAGUCAAUACAGUAUGCACGCACACACACACAUGCGCGCACACACACACACACACACACACACACAGAUCAGCCCAAUGUGAUCAUUAACAAAGAGGCCUGUUUGUGUGGACAUGUUCAUUACCAAUAAUUCACCCGGUCUCUAUCAGUAGUUUUCCAUUAUUUACAAAUGCAUAAAAACAAGUUGGUAGUACACUGUUGUCUGAAUAAAGUAAUUUUAAAUAAAGGUUUUUUU